AAAAUGUUGAAAGUAGAAGAGUGAAAGAAACUAAUGAGAACAGGUUGAAGUUUCCUUCUGGAUUUAUCUAAAUUACUCAAUUUGAUCAUUUGUUUCUAUGUUUAUUGUCAAUUGAUUUAUUUGUGUUCGUUCAAUUAACAACAUGUUGGGAACAUCUUUUAAGUUGAACAUACAAAAGCUUCAUCUAACAAGUUUAAUUAUUAUUUAUGAUUCAGUGUAAAGUUUUCUUGACAUCUUUUCGUUUUAAUAUUUUUCGUUUCACUAUUUUGCAUUUUUCUUCACAAUCAAACAUUGCUUUUAUUACGCUUUAAAUGUAUCUGGAAUUUUAUACCAACAAAACAUCAAUCUGGAAUAAUGUUUAUUGUUAAAAGAUUUCAUUCUGGUUUCUCUGGUUGGACAAAUUUUCCAUCAAUUUAUACCGUUUUUGGGCAAAUUGCUUUAAUCAUCUAUUUUGCCUCUUUUUUCAACGGUGUCAAUGGUCAAAGAAAUGUUAGACCAAAUGCACAACCGUCAUCUUCGUCUGUUUCGUCCUCAUCCUUCCAACAACCUAAGUGUCCUUAUACCAGCGGAGAUAUUCUGGGUGUCAUUGUUACAUCUGUGAUUGUUACUAUUGUUGUUAUUGGAUUAACAUUGAUUCUUUUCUGGUUUCUUUGGAAGAAAAAACUUGUAACCUUACCAGGCAAUAACCAUUCGAUUAGAGAUGUUGAUCUCAACGACAAAACCCUUCAGGUUGAAAGUACCAAACAAUCAAAUGGAAACCUUCUAAAUGAUGAGGAUAAACAAUAUAAAAGAUUAAUUAAGAGCUUACCACCGUUAACCAAUGUUUUCAAUCAUAUUUCACAUCAAUCUAAAGGACCAAUUAAAUCAUUGGAUGAUACAUUUAUAAUGACGAAACCGGAACAAGUUCGUGUUCAAAUGACUGGCCAUGAUUUCACUGGACUUGGUUUCAAUAUUGCUGGUAACAUGAGAGACGGAAUCUUCAUCAAAGACGUUCUUACACGAGGUCCAGCCAAUGAGUCAGGCUUAAUUAAAGCAGGAGAUCGUAUUAUGAGUGUUACAGUUUCAUUUGAAAAGAUGGUUUAUGAAGAUGCCCUGACAAUCCUGAGUUACGCUUCACCUUAUGAUGUUACCCUUCAGAUCGAGAAAACGUCUAAAACUAAAGCAAACACUCCAAACCUAACGGGAAAUAGUCAUGUUUACAUCACUCGUCGACUGGCCAAUGGAUAUGGCUCUAGUGAUCCAUCGCAUCAUCGUAUAUUACAUCCAGUAUUUCGCAGUCAUUCGGUCGGUGAAUUGACUACUCGUCUAAAUAAUGGGGAUAAGCCGACAAGCUUGGAGGACAAAAGUUUUGGAAGCAUUAAAAGCAUCAAUAGUUUAUUGAGGAAAAUUAAAACUUCACUUUACCGAUCAAAUGAUAGUAUGAAACCUAAUCAAUCGGACAAGGGGAAAACGAGCGAUUACUGCAGUAAUAAUGGUUUACACGAAGUAUCAAGUGAUUAUCAUCAUUCCUGUUAUUCACUAGACGCCUCUGGACUCAUGAAUAAUCAAAUGUUUACAAAUUCCAGCUACAUUUUACCUUCAUCAACAAAUGAUAUUAACUUGAAAUCGAUUCCCGGGGAAAUAGCAAUCAACAUGAACCCAAAAGCGUCAAUAAUAAGUCAAGUUAAACAUUUAUCAUCAUCCGCUGACCAAGCCAUCAACCAUUUAUCAACUUUGACGGUUGAGACGACAAAAAUGGAUAAACUUGAAUCUGAGGAAUCAUCACCAAUCAAUUCUGGAUCGCCAUCUCAGUCGGCUUCUGGUAAAAAAGGUUGCGCAGGAAAACGUAAAGCUCCAGCUCCACCAUCGCCAUCAUCAUCAACGUGCUCAAUUGAAAUGAAGAUGACAGAGGAUGUCACUGAUGGAGCUUUGGCUGUCAAAAAUGGUAGAAAUGUACAAUCAGUCUCUCCAGGUGGAUCUCAGGUUGAAAUUCAUGCUGUUAUUCAUCAAGAAAAUUCUGAAGACGACGCGCUUUACUCAGAAAAAUCUUUGUCUGAUCUUAGUGAAUUAAAGUCACCAGCUAUUGAUGUUUCCAUGAGCUUAGCAAUGGAAUCUUUAACCAGUGAUGAACCAACAACUGAACCUCACCCAGUAAACAUAAUUAAAGAAAUGAAUGGAGAUGUUAGGAAUGGAAGAGCUCAGAGUCCAGCUGGUAAAUCAAAGUCAUGUUCACUUUCAGAUUUAACUUUGGUUAAAAAUAAAAAGCCUUCGUCGACAAUUAUCUUGGAAAGAGCAGUUUCUCUUGACCUUAAAGAUCAACUUUCUCCUGAAGAAAAUAUGAUUCUUCAUCAAGGAGGUGUACUUGAAGAUAAUCAAGGAUUACUCCGUUGGAGUGGACCGAAACCACCCGUUGGUGGACCUGAUAGUCUAUCGACAACCUAUUCAUCUGGAAUGCUCGGAUCGUGCUCUAAAACCAUUGACUCUACUGAUGACUCGUUAACUAUAACUGUAGAUGAAACACCUCAAGAUUUGGAUGCUCCAAAGCCAGCAGAAAGAAUAAGUCUCAAGAAAAAUGGUUUAGGUGGUUCUACCGAAUCAAAGUUGAGAGCAAGUAGCAAAUUUGAAACAAUUGGUAUGGUAAUCAAUGAAGAAGAUAAUAUUGUUGCUCCUCCUGAUGGAUUUGGUUCUGAUAAUCACAAUUCUGCUAAUCAAUAUAAAAUGAAAAUCUCAUCGAAACCAUCACUGGAAAAUGUCAAAUUUAAAUCAGCCCCUUCUCUUGAACAUGAUACUUCAUCUGAUGUUACAGAAAAAUCACACAAAAACGAAACAACCAGUGAAAAAUUCAAUAACUUAAAUCAUGAUAAUCGACCUUUUGAUAUUAAGAAGCCUUCAAUUAUAGAGGUUUCAACAGUGCACUCUGCAUUUGAACGGAGAUCACCUUCACCCGACAGACUGGACUCGACGCUGUUCAAUGUUCCUGAAUCAAUUAAAAUACCUGUUAAUAAUCAUAAUGGAGAAAAGAGUUUUGGAUCUGGUAAAAAAUUCUCCAAUGUUGUGUUGACUGAAGAAGGAAAUUUAGCUGAUGGUGAAAAAUUCGUCUCCAACAGUGUUUCUGUAAAAAAUCUUAAAUCAUCGCCUUCUAAUUUCAAAUACUCUGAACCUGAAACGAUUGAAAUCAGUUCAAAUGAAUUGAGUCAAGUAAUGAUGUCUCAUGAAGAAUUUCUUGCUCAUAAAAACAAAUUAAUCAAUGGAAGAUUUAUCAACUUGAAAAGCCAUUGUAAUUUAACGAAUAAGUCAGCUCUUAAUUCUACCUCCAACCACAUUGGAUCCAAAGUAACCUCGCCUACAAUUAUCCAGGUUGGCGACUCUGGAGAUAACGAUUUUGAAUCUUGGAGCUAUCUUAGCGAUAUUGAAAAUAAUUUACCCAGCUUAUCAAAUGAAACUCGAUAUAAGACAACCUGUGAUAUGAGUCCCUUGAAUGAGGAAUCAAAUAAGUUGGGAGAAAAGAUCAAAGAAAAGGAUGUAAAUUUCAAUUCCGAAAACUUUUGAUUGGUUGGUUCAAAUUUAAUUUAUCAUCAAAUCCUGGAAUUAUCAUGAUUUAGUCAUUAAAUUUUCCUUGAUGAAAAACAAAGCCAUAUCGAGAAGGCCAAAUCUAGUGAAAGCAAAAAUCUCAUUUGGAGCAGAGUCGCUAAAAAUUUGUUGCUCUUUUCAACAUGUUUAGAAAUCAACAAAAUCUAGACUCAUGUUUCUGGAAAUGUUUAUCAAUUACUAUUGUUCUUGAAUUUUGGACUGAAUUUCAUACUGGAUCUGAAUAUAAUAUUUUGACUGAACUCCGUCCAUCGCCAUCCAUAUAACUUCAUAAUUAUUCCUAACAAGCCAUGUUUUAUUUUGUUUUAAUUUGUAUUUUUACAUUCAUCUCACUCACCUAUUAAUAAGUGACCAAAUCUGUUUUUAUUGAAAAAAUCCAUUCACUUUGGUCAAUUUUUAUUUAAAUUAAUAUUAACUUCAUUCGAAAA